CGAAUUAAAGCAUUAUCCUCGAAGGGGACCUCCAGGUCCCCCACCGAGUUCUCCAGGAGAGAAGAUCCUUUCACUGAGGCUUCCAGGACAGGAAGUGACCUCGGCUCCCUCCCCCUCCCUUGUUUCACUGAGCUGCUGUGGAAGGAGCACACAGGACAGGAAGUGACUUCAGCUCCCUCCCUCCCCCUCCCUUGUUUCAUUGAGCUGCUGGGGAAGGAGCACACGGGUUUGAGGAGAGCAGCAUGAGUCUUGUCAACAAGCGCAGGGCCAGGGCGGCCAUUGCCAUCGCGAUGAUCCACCACUGUAUGCAGAAGAAAAAGAAGAAGCGGAAGAAGAGGGCGUACUGGAGCAAGGACUGGCUGCAGUGUCGGGACUGCACCGCCAGCGCAACCAUCUACCCCGAGUUCAAAGACGACAACCCCAAUGACUUCAGGCAGUUCUUACGGAUGUCGGACGCCAGCUUCAACUACCUCCUGCGCGUGGUCACCCCACUCAUCCAGAAACAGGACACCUGCAUGAGGAAGUCCAUCACGGCCGAGCAGAGGCUGGUGGCCACGCUGCGCUUCCUGGCCACCGGCAGAUCCUUCGAAGACCUGAAGUUUUCCACCGCCAUCUCCCCACAGGCUCUGGGAGUCAUCAUCCCCGAAACCUGCAACGCCAUCGUCCAGAUGCUGAAGGGGAGAUACCUACAGUUUCCUACGAAGCCGGAACAGUGGAACGAAGUCGCAAAACAAUUUGAUGACUAUUGGAAUUUUCCGAACUGCGGCGGAGCCUUAGGGGGGAGACACGUCCGGAUCAACCCCCCUCCACACAGCGGCUCCUUCUACUACAACUACAAGGGCUUCUUCAGUAUCGUGCUGAUGGCCAUCGUCAACGCCGAACACGAGUUUAUUAUGAUCGAUGUUGGCAAAAACGGGAGGAUGUCUGAUGGUGGGGUCAUCGAGCAGACCCACUUCUACCAUAAACUGAAGGAGGGCAUGCUGAAUCUACCCCAACCAGGGGAAACCAAAGAGGGGCUAUACUAUGUGUUUGUGACAGACGAGUCGUUUGCCCUCCAUGACAAUUUACUGACACCUUUCCCACAAAAAGGGAUAACGGAGCAGAAGAAGAUCUUCAACUAUCGGCUUUCUAGGGCCAACCGGGUGGUGGAGAAUGCCUUUGGUCUUCUACUGAGCCGAUUCCGAAUCUUCCACACGACCAUCAACUUGUCACCCUAUAAAAUAGAGCUGGUGGUUAUGGCUUGUUGUUUGCUCCAUAACUAUUUGAGAAGGAACGAUAGCGCAGAAUACGCACCUGCAAGUAUGCUAGACCGGGAGAACCCCGAUGACGGCUCAGUCAUCCCAGGUGAAUGGAGGUCUGGACCUGCUGGACUCAUCCCGUUACAACCCAUUCCACCACAGAAGACAAGUGGGGAUGCAAAGAAAAAUAGGGAUCGGUAUAUGCACUAUUUCAACGGGCCCGGCGCUGUGGCCUGGCAGGACGAGAUGGUCUAGCACAUGACUUCUUCAGGGGCAAAUGCCCCUGAGUAGGUGAUUGGGUUGGACCUCAGCUUCUAGAAGACUCUUCAAAUGACAGUAUUAUAAUUUAUUAUGGUGAAUGUUAUCCUCUGUAAAUAAAGGUUCACAAACUUUA